GAUUUGGGAUUUUGGUGGGAUUUUGAGAAUUUAUAGUUUUGCCAACAUGUAUAGCAGUUUUUAUAAUCCUACUAAAGAUUAUCAGGAGAAUUGGCUAAGGUAUAUUUUUGAAAAGAAGUUAAUAGCUGAAGAGGUGCGAGGUACAUCUCUAG